AUGGGGGUGUUUGGAAGUAAAGCAGCUUUCAAUGCUGAUCGAGACAUCCCGGACCUGUCCGGCAAAGUCAUUCUCGUGACAGGAGGCAACGUUGGCUUAGGCAAGGAGUCUAUUCUACAGUUCGCCAAACAUAACCCAAAGACUAUCUAUAUGGGGUCGCGCAGUGAAACAAAAGCUCACGCCGCCAUUGCCGAAAUUCAAAAGGCCGUUCCCGGAGCGCACAUUGCGUUCUUGAAAGUUGAUCUUGCCUCUUUCGCAUCAAUCAAACAAGCAGCCGAUACAUUCAAGGCUGAGACCGACCGCCUCGAUAUACUUGUGAACAAUGCCGGGGUCCUGGGCAGACCUCUAUCGCUGACAGAAGAUGGCUAUGAGAUUCAGUUUGGUACCAACCAUAUGGGGACCGCCCUACUCACCAAGCUUCUUUUACCAGUCCUCGAAAAGACUGCCGCAGCACCUGGAAGUGAUGUGCGUGUGGUUACCGUGUCAUCGGAGGUACACAAAUGGGCCCCCAAGCCCGGCCUGCUGCUGUCAGAGAACAAGACUACACUUCCAAACCUCAGUGCCGUUGCCCGUUAUGCUCAAUCAAAACUCGCCAAUAUCUACUUCACUCAAGUGCUGGCCAAGAAAUACCCAAAUAUCAAAACCGUCACUCUACACCCGGGCAUUGUUAAAACAAACAUCACGCAAGGCGCUGAGUAUGGCAAUCGACUGUUGAGCGCAUUCGUUGCAUUUGGGAAUAUAUUUAUCAGCGUCGAUGUCCACACAGGCACUUUGACCCAGCUUUGGGCUAGCACUGCGAAGAAUGUCAAGAGUGGUGCAUUUUAUUAUCCGGUUGGGAAAGAGUACACGGGACAGGGGCUCGCUACAGAUGAAAAGCAAGCCCAAGAAUUAUGGGAUUGGACCGAAAAUGAGCUGCGUGAGCAUGGGUUUUGA